AUGGUGCGCGACGCGCCCAAGACGCCAAUUGGCGAAUUCGAGCCGCGUCUGUCGCUUACGUUUACCUGCACCGUGCCCGACUGUGGCACACGUUCUUCGCACGAGUUUACCAAGCGUUCCUACGAGAAAGGCAUUGUGCUUGUACAGUGUCCUGGCUGCAAGAACAGGCAUUUGAUCGCCGACAACCUCGGAUGGUUCACCGAGAGCUCUGACGAGCCGCGUACAAUCGAGGAAAUUGUGCGUGCGAAAGGCGGGCGCAUCCAGACGGGCACCGUCUAUGCGGAUGGCAAAGGUGGCGAAACGACCGAGAUCGAUGUAGAGGAAAAGUAG